AUGUUCCUCCUUCUCUCGUUGUGUGUGUGUGGUCUCCUCCUGAGAGGCGACGCUCAGGACCGAGCCGCUCUGUGGAGGGGGAACGACCGGAGUGGACGAUGCCAGUACACCUUCACCGUGCCCAGCCCAACGGAGGCCAGCUGCCCGCACGGGGGCCCCGAGGUGGAGGGCCUGAAGGCCAGACUCAGCCUGCUGGAGGCGCUGGUGUCCCGGCUGACAGGAGGGGACACCGGGGGUCCCCAGGGGGCCGCGGCAGCAGCUCAGUCCGGGCUUCAGGAGGCUCUGAACCGGGCCACGGGGGAGAGGAACCUGCUGCGGGGGGAGAAGGAGCGUCUGGAGCAGGAGCUGGAGGGGCUUCAGCGCAGGAUGGAGGAGAUGAGGAGGGAGACGGAGAGGCUGAGGAGCAGACCGUGUCCCCCACAGACCCCCAUGGUGCCACCGAGCCCCCCUCUGCAGGACGGUGGCCCGGUGAGACCUGCUGGGGGUUCCAACCCGAUGUCUCACCUGAUGACCCGGCCCAACAGGCAGGGAGACAGCAGCAGUUUGAGAGACUCAGCGUGGCAGCACAGACACCCGGGUUUCCAGGAGCUGAAGGCCGAGGUGACAGAGGUACCGGCUCCUGAUGGAUCUGAGGACAACACAGGUUGUGGGGAGUUGGUUUCGGUUGGUGAGCCCGUCACUCACAGGAAGGCCGACAACAUAGCAGGUAAAUAUGGCGUCUGGAUGCAGGACCCCGAGGCCGUCUCCCCUUACGGACCGGAGAUGAUCUGGCGCAUCGACACCAUCGGCUCCGACGUCCGGCAGCUGUUCGGGUACGACGACAUGGAGCAGCUCACUAAAGGCUUUCCAUCCAAGGUCCUGAUGUUGCCGGAGCUGGUGGAGAGCACCGGAGCCGCCCUGUACCGAGGCUCUCUGUACUACCAGAGGCGACGCAGCCGAUCCCUCAUCCGCUUCGACCUCGCCUCGGAGAGCACCGCGGCCCGUCGCGCUCCCCACGCCGGCUUCCACGGCCAGUUCCCCUACUCCUGGGGCGGCUACACGGACAUCGACCUCUCCGUGGAUGAGCAGGGGCUGUGGGCCGUCUACUCCACCAGCAAGGCCAAGGGGGCCAUCGUGAUCUCGCAGCUGGACCCGCACAGCCUGGAGGUGAAGAAGAGCUGGGAGACCAACAUCAGGAAGAACUCCGUGGCCAACACCUUCAUCAUCUGCGGCAAGAUGUACGCCGUGGCGAGCUACACGGCGCCGGACACCAUCAUCAACUACGUGUACGACACCAAAACCAGCCAGGGGAAGUCCAUGGCCGUCCCCUUCAGGAACAAGUACCGCUACAACAGCAUGGUCGACUACAACCUGGCUCAGAGGAAGCUGUUCGCCUGGGACAACUACCACAUGGUGUCCUACGACCUCAGGUUCGGUCGCCAGCAGGCCAACUGA